GCACCGCUCGUCGCUCUCCUCCGCUGAAGAGUCACCAGCGCAGCCGCGUGCCGGGGACCAGGCAGGCUGCGAGGGCGUUCCGGCGGGUGGGGUGAGAGGGGGGGCCCGCACGCAGAUCGAGGACACAGCCAGCCGAGUGCCGAAGCUUGCUACUUUUUUGAACGCUGUUGGGUUAUUAUUGACACCGGUCGGAUCUGGGAUUCCCGCAAAGCACGCCGAGAUCGGCAGCCGUUCUUCUUGCUGAUGUCGCAACAACGCGGCGAGCACCGCAGCUAAAAGUCCGACGGAGCGACGUCAUUUGUUCGUGAAACAGCCGCUUCGGAUACGCGCAGCCCUCUCCCCCCCAGCCAACAACAACAGCAGCGAUAACAAAAACAACAACAACAGCAGCAGCAGCGAUAACAUCAUCUUAUUACAGGCGUCGCAGACGACCUUGGUACAGGUGUGCCGGACAGGUGUGAGUAGGCUCGAAAGGUGUGUGCAGGUAAGAGAGCACAGGUCCCAACCGAGCAGCUUCGCCGGCAGCUACGAGGGUGGCCGAGAGCCUCUUUGUGCCCCGUCAAUGAUGCCGCCGCCGCCGUUGACGCAGCUACGUCUGACGGCGACGAUGCUGCUGCUGCUGCUGCCGCUGCUGAUGAUGAUCACCGCGCCGUGCCUCGGAGCUCCGGAGAGCCGAGGAGUACCCCGCGGCUUCGCGCAUCGCGGCUGGCUCCGACUCUUGGCGGAGGGCGAAGGCUGCGGCGACUGCGACCCGGAGCUGUGCCCGCUGCCUGCCGGCUGCCCGGCCGGCACCGUGCCCGACCACUGCGACUGCUGCCGCGAGUGCGCCAACGCGGAGGGGCAGAUCUGCGACCUGGACGAGACGGCGCACUUCUACGGUCGCUGCGGGGAUCACCUCUCCUGCGUGCUCGACGGAGGGAGUGCCGCGGACGGUGCCGAACGAGGAGGAGGAGGCGGUGGCGACGGCGGCGACGGCGAGUACGGCAUACCCGAGCCGCAGUGCGUGUGCGUGUCGGAGCAGACGCUGUGCGGCACCGACGGCAGCACGUACCCCAACGUGUGCAGGCUGUCCGAGGCGGCGCACAGACUCGGAGCACAAGCUCGGAACUUGAGCGUGGCGCACGAGGGGCCCUGCGAGACAGCCCCAUGGAUCGCGAUGCCGCCGAAGGACAUCGUGAACGUGAGCGGCAGCGACGUGGUGUUCGGCUGCGAGGUGUCGGGCUUCCCCAUGGCGUUCGUCGAGUGGAGGAAGGAGGGCGUGGACGAGCUCCUCCCGGCUGACGACGCUCACCUCGCCGUGCAGGCGCGGGGAGGCCCCCAGCGCUACCAGAUGACGGGCUGGCUGCAGAUCCACAACGUGCGCCCCAGCGACAGCGGCGUGUACGUGUGCUACGCGCGCAACCGCCUCGGGGAAGCCUACGCCACCGCGCGUCUUAUCAUCAUUAGCCCAGAUUCUCCGGAGGCCGAAGAGAUUCUUCACAAUCCAUCCGUCCUCGAUUUCCCAGUCUAUGAUGAUGAAGAAGAUGACGAUUAUUAGAUACUUGAGAAUACCUCAAAGAUACACGUACGGCACUGUUCAGAGAGUGCAUUUACCAGCUGCUUAUAAUUAUAAAAGUAAAAAAGAAAUAUUACUUCUUCCACGAUUAUAAAUAGUCUGGCACAAUUUCUGCCUAAUAUUAUUCACUCUAAUUCCUUUGAAAUGUGUGUGUGUGUGUGUUACAGUGAUAAAGUAUAAUGCAUAAAAUGGCCAUUAUAAGGGUACAAUUUUGUAAAGUUGUAAUAAUGUAAUUUUCGAAUACUUUUAAACUGCUUUAUGCACUAUUUAUAAUCUUUACAAAGCUCUUACACAAAUCAGCCUUGCUUGAAUGUAACUCUACGAGAUACAUUUCACAAGUCACCCAGAAUGCACCUGAUGUUAUCAGAUUUCAAACAGCAUAUUUGAGCUUGAUUGGCGCUUUUGGGUGGCUUAUCACAGUGCAUAAAAAGGGUGUUGUGGGCCUGCUGUGGAGCUACAUUGUGUGCAGCACGGGGCAAGUACAGAUACAUCUGUUGUACUGCUUUCGGCUCCCACAGCUAUGCUCCCCCCCUACUGUCUCUACCCCGCACUGACCAGUGCCAAGUAUGAUCAAAUAACUCACACAGUGUGGGGAAGCCUUCAUCCAGCAGUGGAUUGGCAAAAAGGGCUGUUAUGGUGCCACUCAAAAUUCAAGUUUGUUCUUUUCAAAGCCACACCUCUGGUUUCAUUCAUUUGACUGUAAAACUAAAUCCACAGCAAGUUUAAAGACAAUUUCUCAACGGAGUUGAAAACUGCAUUACAGGCAAUACACAUAGUGAUCGUUGACGAGUAUAAUCGCAGAGAAUCAGAGGGGAUCCUGAGAAACCUGUGACUAUGGAAAGAGUAGAACGACAUUCUCAGCAGUUGACUCCUCCAGCAAAACUAACAAAUUGAGAGGAGGAUGAGAGGGGAGAAAAACUGCAAGUUAAAUGUUCCAUGUUGCAUAUUGAGUGGUGCCAUAAUGUACAUGCACAACUUUCUUUACCCAUGAAAGCCUUACUAAGUCUCAAGAUCAUUUUCUCUACGAGGGUAUUGCUUGAAAUAUUAGACCAAGUAAUUGUUUUUGUAUUUUGUGUGUGUAUCAUGCAAGGUGGCUUUUGUGUGAUUAAUGGGAAUCAAUAUAUGUUUGCUUAUUGAAUCUGUUAUAAUGCUGAUACGGCACUCGCCACUUAUCAAUUUGUCUCACGAAUCAUUCGCACAGGCUCACUUGCCCAUCAUCGAAUGCAGGACAUUGGCUGCAUUAUACUUUUCCAGACCGUGAAACUGUAGCCAGUGUACGCAAAUACUGUGAGACCACUAACGCUAACAUGUAUUUUUACAAACCUAAAAGCAAUAAACUGGACGAUCAGAUUGUAGCUUUAAAAAAAUAUCGGUUUUUCUUAUGGUGCUAGACAUUGCAUUCAAAUGUAUUGAAACGUUUGCACAAUCUACCCCAAAAUAAACUUUUUACAAAAGCU